ACUGAUAACACCUACGCUAAUUCAAAUAAAACGCGAAACGCUGGCGAGAAAUUACAAUAGGUUUACCAUCAUUUGUUGGCGAUAAAAAGAAACGGCGCAUGCGCAGUUCGUUCAAAAGAUUUUCUCAUAGGGAGCCGUUCACAGCCAUCCCUGUUUUGAGCCGCUAGUUGUGAAUUGGUGACUGACGAAACGUGUUUCAAAUUAAAAUGUUAUUCCGAAAUAUUUUUCAGAUUGCGAAGAUCGCGCGCAGAACAGGAUCAGCUUGCGCAAGAGUUUCUGAAAAAAUUUUAAAUGUUCCAGAAACUAAAGUAAGCCAGCUGUCUAAUGGAUUACGAAUUGCCACCGAAGAUUCGGGUAUUCCAACAUGUACUGUAGGACUAUGGAUAGAUGCUGGUAGCCGACAUGAGAGUGAGUACAACAAUGGUGUUGCCCAUUUCCUUGAACACAUGGCUUUCAAAGGAACUUCCAAAAGAUCUCAGACUGCUUUAGAAUUAGAAGUUGAAAACAUGGGUGCUCAUUUAAAUGCAUGCACAUCAAGAGAACAAACAAUUUUCCAGGCUAAAUGUUUAACAAAAGAUGUUGGUAGAGCCAUAGAUAUUCUUUCGGAUAUUAUUCAAAGUAGUAAGUAUGGUGAAUCUGAAAUAGAAGUUGAAAGAGGUGUUAUAUUGAGAGAAAUGCAAGAAAUUGAAAUGAAUUUGCAAGAGUUGGUUUUUGAUCAUCUUCAUGCAGCUGCAUUUCAGAACACACCUUUAGGACGUACAAUCCUUGGUCCUAUAGAAAACAUAAAAAGUAUAUCGCGUAAAGAUCUAGUAGAAUUUAAAACCAAUCAUUAUGUUGCAUCAAAAAUGGUAUUGACUGGUGCAGGUGGUGUCAGCCAUGAAAAAUUAGUGAAGUUAGCCGAGGAUUAUUUUGGCUCUUUGAAAAGUCAUGGUUCUGAUGAUCCCAUCACUUCGAAAUCUUGCACGUUUACCGGUACUGAAUCUCGUUUAUGUGAUGAAGCGAUGCCUCUUGUACAUGCUGCUCUUGCUGUGGAAGGCUGUGGUUGGACGAAUCCUGAAAGUAUACCUUUACUGAUUGCCAAUAUAUUAAUUGGCAAUUGGGAUAGGUCUCAUGGAAGUGGUGGAAAUAUUUAUAGCAAGUUAGCAUAUGAUGUAGGUUCAAAAAAUUUGUGCCAUAGUUUUCUUUCCUUUAAUACAUGUUAUAAAGAUACUGGAUUGUGGGGAAUCUAUUUAGUUUGUGAUAGUAAAUCUCUAAAUGAUAUGAUAUUUUCUGUGCAAGAAGAAUGGCAUCGUAUUUGUACAUCAGUGACUGAGGCAGAAGUACAGAGAGCUAAAAAUUUAUUAAUGACUAAUGCAUUGCUUUUGUUAGAUGGUUCAACACCAAUAUUUGAAGAUAUUGGCCGUCAGAUGUUAAAUUAUAGUCGCCGAAUACCAGUGUCGGAAAUGGAAGCACGUAUUGAAAUGAUAAAUGCUGAUGUUGUAAGAGAAGUAUGUUCUAAAUAUUUGAAAAAUAAACUACCAACUAUAGCAGCAAUAGGACCUAUUUCAAAGCUGAUUGACUAUGAAACUUUGAAAAGAGGAAUGUAUUAAAUUUUAACUAGAUCACAGUAAAAGGUAUUGAAAGUUAUAAGAUUACUUAUAAA